ACCCCUUCAUGAACUGACAUGCCCCAUGAUGUCAGAGUGAAAAUGAUGUAGGCUUAUACCAGAAGAACUGCAUUUAUUUUCGUAAUGCAAUAGCCAUUUAUACCGAUAUCACAAAAUUAUCAUGAUUGUAAAAAAAUAUAUCAAAUGCCCCCGAAGCAAUAAUUUUUAUAAGACUUCUUCUAUUUCAUCUUCACAUAUACCGUACCGCGUACAUUUAAUACAAAAACGAUUUUUAGUCGUAAGUUUCAGACUUAAAAGUGAAUGAGAUCGAGCAUAUUUUACUCACUUUAAUUUCCCGAUCAAAUAUCGAUUUAGGCCUAGAUAGAGGAUAAGGUGUAAGAAGAUGGAUCCAAAUGGUAAUGAUGGACAGGACUCUGAUCUGGAUGAAGGGAUAGAGCUUUAUGAUGAUGACAAUGACAUCCCUGCAGAUAACAUAGUAAAUGAGAUGGAUGAUAUGGAUUUCUAUGAUUACGAUGAGUUGGAAGAUGAAGGCGAUGACGAUGAAGGAAGAGGGGUCGAUGAAGAAGGAGCUAUGGCUGCAGAAGCUCCCAGGGAUGAUGCCGUCACUCGCUUCGAGAGUCAUGCGGGUGCUGUUUUCUGUUGCGACAUCCAUCCUGCUGGUGGAUGUUUGGCUGUCACUGGAGGGGAGGAUGACAAGGCCUAUAUCUGGAAUACCACCACAGGAGAAUCAGUUUUAGAAUGCACCGGUCACAAUGACUCUGUGACUUGUGUUUGUUUCAGCUAUGAUGGUGAACUAGUCGCUACAGGUGAUAUGAGUGGAGUCAUCAAAGUUUGGAAGCUAGCAGACAAAGAUGAGAUCUGGACGUAUGAAUGCUCAGAUUUAGAGUGGCUGACAUGGCAUAGUGGUGCAAACAUUCUCCUUGGUGGAACUGUAGAGGGCAGUGUUUGGAUGUGGAAGAUACCAUCGGGUGACUGUAAGAUGAUGCAGGGGCAUGGAUGCCAUCUUACGUGUGGAAAAAUCUUCCCAGACGGAAAGAGAUGCUGUGUAGGGUACAAAGAUGGUUCAGUCAAGGUUUGGGAUUUGAAACAAAAUAACACAGUACAUCAUUUCAAAGAUGGUAAUGGACAUGAGGGAGAUGUGACAACAUUAGACUGUAACCAUGACAACAUCCUAGGUUUAUCUGGUUCAAUCGAUGGAACAGCGAAACUUCUCAAUAGUAACACAGGAAAGGUUCUUGCUACAUUUUCUGGUGGUGCUAUCAAGGAAGAUAUUGGAGAAACAAACUCAGUGGAAUCAGUAGGAUUCUCACCAAGCCAAUCCCUCGCUGCCUUGGGCUCCCUUAAUGGCAUGUUGAGUAUCUGGGAUCUUCCCACACAGAAGCUAAGGCAUCAGUGUGACCAUGGGGCUGGCAUUGUUAGAUUAGCCUGGGAUGUUGAGACCCCAAUGAUCUUCACAGCUGGUCUGGAUGGAAUGGUCAAGUUAUGGGAUAGUCGGUCAGCAGAGAAGGUUGCCUCAUGGACUGGUCACCAAGGAGAGAUCCUCGAUCUUGCAAUUAGCAGGGAUGGUAACACCAUAGUAACUGCAUCAGGGGAUACAUCAGCAAGAGUUUUCAAGGUGCAGCAGCCAGACAGAUAGAAGAAUUCAAACCAAAGUCUACAUCCUUUUCUCUCUCUUGAGCAGCGGAGUAUUUUAUUGUGAACACAUAAGAGCUACCAGUAUUUUUAUCAUGUCUUAUUGUACUGGUACAUUGUAUAGCUUAUAAAGCUUAAGAAUGAACUAUUUUACUACCCUGAUAUGUGGUUGUGAGGAUGGCUGUACAGAAUUGCCUUCAGUGUAUUGGAAAGACCAGUACAUUUUUAAGAUAAUGAAUCAGAAGAAAUGUGAGGAUGAACAUGUGCAAAGAUCCCAUGCACAUUUCAUAAAGAAACUAUUGAUCUGGCCUAUUGAUUAUAGUGGUAACGAUAUUGGCAAAAAGCCUCAGCACUCAAAUGUUUCCAUCAUAGUUCUCUAAUUGCAAAGUUUCCAUAAUCAUUAAAAUUUGUAUGAAACAGGCUAGAGACACUUUAAUUGAGUUAUUUCGGUAGAGUUGUCAGUUUGGAAUGUGAAGACCUUGAUAUAUUGAUCUCUGAUGUCACGGCAAAUGUAUUUUAAGGUUCAUAAAGACAACAGGAAAAUUAGAUCUAAACUUACUACUAAAUUUAACAACAUUUUGAUGGGGACAUGCGUGGUAGAAAGUGUUUACGCAUUGAUUCAUGAUUUUUCCAGUUGUUGAACUCAGACCAUAUGAAUGAUAAUUUUUAUUGCUUUAUUUCUAGGUAUUAAUCUGUUGUAGACAGGUUUGCCUUGAGUUUUACCAUAUUCAAAUUUGCUUCUUCUUUUUUCUUUGGGGGCCUAUUCAUAAGGUAAAGAAUCAAACCUUUCAUGAAUGAACUACUGUAAUACCUGGAAUUGGGAUAUCCUGAAAUUAUGUAUUCCUUCAUAAUGUGUGAAAUUUCAGAUUUCCAAGUAUAGUGCUCAAAAGAUAGUACAUGCCCAUGUGUGCAUCAGGAAUUUGACAAAUCGACAUCAUUAUUUUAUUCAUGAAGGAGGAAUGUAUUUGCCUUUGGUUAGGGUAUAAUGGCAUUUAACAUUGUGUAGCAUUUACCUAUUUAUCAAACAACAUGUGCAAGAUAGCUGGUUCAGAGAUGUGAGCUGUAAGUCAUAUAUUUCUUUGACAUUAAAGGUCAGUGUCUUGAUGGAAACUAUCAUAUUUGACUGAAACAUAUCUGUAAACAAGCAGUUCCAGUUGCUUUGAUAAACAAAGUUUCAGAAGACAAAAUAUGACAUGCUUCCUCAUUUGAGACGGAUAAGAAUAAUUCACAACUUGUCAUACUAUGAGAUUCUAGCCUAUUGAGAACAGAUUCUGAUCCGUGUUGUGUAUCAUAUACCACCAAAUAACGAGAUAAAUACGUACAUAUAUAUAUAUGAUACUGAUUUUGUUGUCUCUAAAAAGGGGCUCUGAUGAAUCAUUUGAGAUUUUGAACAUGGCAUACAGCCUCUAUUGUUUACUACAGAGAGUGGGCAGGUUACAGAGACACUCGGGUCAGUGACAAGCAAUGGACGAUAUGUUCGGCAGGGACUUGUUACUUAAUGAGGAUGAGAUUACCUGGCAUAAUGCUAUGUUUUAUGUGUGGACUUUAAUUUAGAUGUGAGAAAAGAAAGGAAGACAGAAAGAUGGAGAAGCCAGAGUGUCUAAUCCUUGACCCUUAUGGUAUAUCUGCUGGGCUACGUCAUUUAGACUAUGUCAUCAAGGAGUACUACUGUUGGCCGAUUUAUUGUUUGAUUGAUUGAUUAUAUCCUACAUAAAUUAAAUCAUGUAUGCGGAUUGGUAUAAAUAGCAUCUUGUUACCAAACAUAUUCUCACUAUUUUGCGAUGAUGUUGAAAAUGAAACGCCCACUGAAGAAAAAUUACUAUUCCGUGACGUCAAUGAUGGAAUAGUCCAUCGUUGACGUCAUAGAUCGCGCAAUCUCUCGGGCGCAGGCACAAAUCCACGUUCCGCUGUGCGUGUAGCUUCAGGAAAAGUAGGUCAGUCAGCGCAGCGCAUUAUCUAUAUUUUGGUUCAGAUUAAAAAAAGAUGAACUAGGUGUACAAGAACUAGAUUAUCAAGAUCUGUUUGUAACAUAUUAAAUGUAGGAUAUUAAACAAAUAUACCAGGCCUUUAUUUCAAAAGUAUAGAGGGAAUUAUUCAUCCUUAGUUGUACUGGCAAAAUUACCAUUUUUCCCUCAGGGAAAGUACUGAAGUGUGACUUUACUGUCAUGACAACGAACCAGAGUGGUCCUAAACAGAGUCACAGCUGACGAUCGUCUAUACACAUUUGUAUUUGAAAAAAUUACCAUCAUUCUGAGGUUGCAAGCGAUGAGAUUCCGUUAGCAGCCAUUUUCUCUGAUGAGAAACACGCUCCGGAUUCAGGCCGCCAUGACACCUUGGCAACUGACGUCAUCGCUUCAGUACUCUAUAAUUCCCGCUAUACUUACUCAAAGCCUGGUAUAUUUGUAUUUUAUCACCGAUUUACAAAAUUUGACUCUCCAUGCACAUUGUUCUGUAUCUUCUAUUCAAUCUUAUAUUUUCCACUGAUAUUGGUAUGCUUGCAAAACUCUGAACUUUGUACUGUCUUAAUAUUAACCAACGAACGUCAUUUAUACAGCAAUUUGAACAUGGCUUGUGGCUUGGAUAGGGCUUAUUUAUGCCAUUCACUCACAUUGAAUGCAGUUGAACUGUUAAUGAUAAAUUAUUAUUGUCACAGUGUAUUAUUUCAGAUAUUACUUGCCGUCAUUUUACUCUAUACAAUAAGGAAGCUGGAAAAAAAUACAUCAUGUGGAAGUUGGCUUUUCAUGCAGAUUUCACCAUAAAAUGAAAUGUAGAGCUUUGACAUAACCAGAUUAAUUAUGCUGCAUAAUUGUUCAGUACCUAGCUAUGGACUUCUGAUAAAAAGGUGUUAGGUCUAAAGCAAUUAUUGUUCGUUUUAUUUUUAAAGCUUUUUUCAUUACAUUUUCAUUUUUCUAAUCAUGUGCCAUGUGUGAUUGAUAAUAACCAGGAAACAUGGUAAAAUUGACUUUUCUAUAACCAUUUUCAAAGAGGUUAUUUUGAGCAAUCUCUGUCUGGACCAGUCACUUGUUGAAAAUCAAAUGUUGAAUGGAAUUCUUGAAAAGUAAUGUUGGAGUAGUCUCUUAAUAAACCAAAUUCAAGGAGAUCCUUUGAUAAACCAAGUUCAAAGAGACUACAAAGAUCAGAGCCUUCAGAGGGCCUUUUUGCAAAUAUAUUCAAAGACACCCUUUAUUAAGCAUGGUCAAAAGGGAUUCUUUAUGAACCGAAAUCAAAGAGACUUCUCGCCCUUUCACACGGUAAAAAAAACCGUAAUUUGAAUGAUUCCAGUGAAAAAUAAGGCUAAUGACGAAUUUUUAGCACGUGUGAAACCAAACUAGAAAAGAAUUCAUUCCAAUUAAGUUUCACUCAAAUUAUGGUACAAAUUUUCUCUGUGAUAGGUCCAAUGAUUCUAAAGACGAAUUGCAAUCAUUACAAAGAUGAUUCAUGAUUCACGUGUGAAAAGCCCUUCAUGAACUAAGUUUAAUUGAGACCCCUUAUGAACCAAAUUCAAAGAGACGUCAUUCACUUAGUUCAAAGACUGACUUUAUAAACCCAGUUAAAAGAAAUACUUUAUGAACCAAGUUAGACACUCCUUUUAUAUCCUGGUUUAUGUAACUUCCUCCAUAGAGUCUGGGUUCAAAGAAACUUGAUAAAUAGCAAGGUCAAAAGAGUUCAGUGACUCUUUUGUCACUUGUGCUCAAUAUGUCAAUGGACCAAGAACCAGGAUGUCCCGACUCUUGCUGCUUUGUAUUAUCUUUUUGAGAUCUUUCAUCCAGUUUGUCUCCAGAGUACUUUCUUUUGUACUAUGUUACAAGCCACAUUGCUUGUAUCUAAAAGUGAUGGGGGGGGGGGUGGGCAGAAGUGUCAUUCUGGAAAAAAUUCAGAUUUACAAUUUAUUUGAUUUUACUUCAUGUAACUAUCAAAAUGAAUUUCAAAUUUGCUUCCAAAGCAGUAUCCAGGAUUCACUUAACUUUUCCAUUUUAUAUUUAUAUCAUAUGCACUUUCUGUCAGUGCAUACAUCUAUCAUUUGUAUCACUCACAUGGAGUAUAUAAUAAAAUAUUCAAGUACAACA